UGAUCCACCUGCCUCAGCCUCCCAAAGUGCUGGGAUUGCAGGGAUUACAGCGCCCGACUGAAAAUUACCGGCUUUCUUCCCCACACAUUUCUCCAAAGUCAUAUCCUCCAGCAAUGCCAACCUCUCCAGGGCAGGACCUCGGUUCCCAGUAUGUGGGGUUGGGGUGGGGUUUGCUGUUGGGAGUGCCUGUCACCACAGGGAGCCAGAGCAGCUGCAGACAGCUCUACUGAGGACCCCCAGCCUCUGUGAUGUCACACUGGGCUUCUUUCCUUUCAUCCUGGGCAGUGGCUCUGAGGCCGCCCUGGAGCUCUGAAAGCUGGGCUGGGGAGGAAGCUGGCUGGCUGUGACCUGCCCUGGAGGCGCAGGAGGCCCAGCCAUGAUACCCUUAAGGGACGCCCUGCCCCUCGUGAAGGAGCGCCGUCCCCCGCCUCUGCUCCCACUUCCCUGGGUCCUCCCCAGCCUGUUUGCCGCCUGCAAUGUGGUGCUGCUGGUCUUUCUCAGUGGCCUCUUCUUCGCAUUUCCUUGCAGGUGGCUGGCUCAGAACGGGGAGUGGGCCUUUCCUGUGGUCACAGGCCCCCUCUUUGUCCUCACCUUCUUCAGCCUUGUUUCACUCAACUUCUCAGACCCUGGCAUCUUACAUCAAGGCUCUGCUGAGCAGGGGCCCCUGACCAUGCACGUGGUGUGGGUGAACCACAGGGCCUUCCGCCUGCAGUGGUGCCCAAAGUGCUGCUUCCACUGCCCGCCUGGGACCUACCACUGCCCCUGGUGCAACGUCUGUGUGGAGGACUUUGACCACCACUGCAAGUGGGUCAAUAACUGCAUCGGUCACCGCAACUUUCGCUUCUUCAUGCUGCUCGUCCUGUCCCUGUGCCUCUACUCGGGCGCCCUGCUGGUCACCUGUCUCAUCUUCCUGGUGCGCACGACCCACCUGCCCUUCUCCACGGACAAGGCCGUCGCGUAUCCGCCCACGUGGGGAAGCAGAGGGAGAAGGCGGGGACUGGGGCUAUGGGGGCGAGGCUAG